AUGGAGGAUGUCGAGGAAGAUGUCGAGGAGGAUGUCGAGGACGAGUUGCCAACCAAAGGCGCCUCCCUGAGAUCAGAGGCUAUUGCCGCGGAAGCAAAAUCGUCUCCAGGAGAGGCUACUGCUGUUGAGGCCGAAGGUGCCUCCUUGGGAUCAGAGGCCAUCACUGCAGAAGCAGAAUCGUCUCCAGCAGAGUCCGACACCGUCGAGGGUACAGCAGAAUCUGCCGCCAUCGAGGGUAUAUCAGAGUCUACCGCGGUCGAGGAUGCAUCAUCUCAGGAACGACGACCUCGACGAGCGCCAUUGACAGUUUACGUCCUCGCUCGGAAGAAGGCCAUCGAGAUCCUGAGCACGCCCGGCUCUAACCACAAAUAUUUAUCCAACCUGACUUCUAGCCGUCACGGAAUGGCUAUGCUCGCGAAAGGAGAGCGGAGAAUAUGGCGGGAGGCCAUGGACGAGAUACUCCUCGAGAUGAUGAGAAAAGAGGCCAUCAACACUCUCAUCCUGCGUGCCAAUAGCAGUGACCCCCCAAUUUACAAAUUCAUCCACCCUUGCGCGGGUUGGGAGGAUACAAAAAUGGCUUACAAGGGCGGAUGUAUACUAUGGCUCCCCAAGCGGUGGCAGGGUAAAAAGUCAGUCUAUCAGACCCUUGACGGUGAUCCCAAAUUUGGAGCCGAAAAGGUGCCAGUUCAUGACCUGAUGUGGCUGCUGGGCGAGAAGGGAGUGAGGAAGCUAAGAAAAGAGACUUGGGUCUUCCGAGGUCGGGAGGUCUUGAUAUUGAAGCCAUGGAAAUCUCGGGCUAUGAGGAACCUCCAUCUACUGCUUUGGAAGCUGCAGGGAUAUCUGGCGGAUCCUAAGGUCAUGGAGACGGACUUUACCAGCUUGGGCAUUGACAAGGCUGGAUCAACGGGAGAGUCCAAGGAUCAGCCAACGACAGAGUUCGAGGCUCGAUCAACGAGAGAGCCCGAAAUUCGAUCAACGAGAGAGUCCAAGCCUCAGCCGACGACAGAGUCCGAGAGCAAGCCUAGGCGGAAACCCAAAAUUAACUGGUAG